AUGGACGCGCUGGUGGCCAAGUACAGCCGCCCGGCGUAUGAGCAGGAGAGCUACUCAGAAGAAGACCAGCAACAACUCUCAUCAGACGUCGCACCGUCGCUCUCCCUUCAGUUCGCCCUCCCACCGACCGCAUCGCCUCAGCAAUGGCUGCGCGCGAUGACAGACGACCACUCCAACCCCAGCUGCCCGAUCAAGAUUGCCCACGGAACGACAACGCUGUCUUUCCGAUUCAAGGGUGGUAUCAUUGUGGCAACAGAUUCAAGAGCGACGGCAGGAAACUGGAUUGCCAGUCAGACAGUGAAGAAGGUCAUUGAGAUCAACAGCUGCUUGCUGGGAACCAUGGCUGGCGGUGCUGCUGUAUGUUGGGAUAAGAGCACGUGAGAUACGAUUACGGAAUCUGGCUGCUAAUACAACGUCUACUAGGACUGCCAAUACUGGCUCGCAUACCUGGGCAUGCAGUGCCGUCUUCACGAGCUUCGCCACAAGCGCCGCAUUUCUGUUGCCGCCGCAAGUAAGAUCCUCGCCAACCUGGUCUACAGCUACAAGGGCAUGGGCCUGAGUAUGGGAACAAUGUGCGCGGGCGUCACGCCCGAGGAGGGACCAGCCCUCUACUACAUCGACAGUGAUGGCACACGCUUAGCUGGUAACCUUUUCUGUGUGGGUUCGGGUCAGACUUUCGCAUAUGGUGUGCUGGAUGCCGAGUACAAGUAUGACCUGGAAGAUGCGGAGGCCUUGGAGCUCGGCAAGCGAAGUAUAUUGGCCGCGACACAUCGAGAUGCCUUCUCCGGUGGUUUCAUCAACCUGUAUCACGUCAAGGAGGAUGGAUGGGUGAAGCACGGCUUCAUGGAUACCAACCCGGUAAGCACCAAGACGACAGCGAGAGUUGGAACAUGCCUAUUGACUACGCCUUAUAGAUCUUCUGGCAGACCAAGCUCCAGAAGGGAGAGUUCUCCAACGUCACGGCAAACUUGGAUUAG